GUGGUACCUGAACGCAGCACUUUUGGCAGCGUCUGAGUGCCUGCAGCAGUGGUCACAGUCAGCAGCGUCUUCAAACGGACUGCAAGUUAAAAAUGCCUGUAGAUUUGAGCCAGUGGACCGGUCCUCUUGCCCUGCAGGAGGUCGAGGAGAAGCCAGCUCAGACCCUGACCAUUAAAUACGGCUCUGUGGAAAUCGACGAGCUCGGCAAAGUGCUCACGCCAACACAGGUGCAGAAUCGACCCACCUGCAUCGAGUGGGAAGGAUGUGACUCCAGCAAGAUGUACACUCUGGCCCUGACCGACCCUGACGCUCCCAGUAGGAAAAACCCUAAAUUCAGGGAGUGGCACCACUUUCUGGUGGUCAACAUGAAGGGGAGUGAUGUGUCCUCUGGCUGUGUCAUGUCGGACUAUGUGGGCUCUGGUCCUCCCAAGGACACAGGUCUGCACAGGUAUGUGUGGCUGGUGUACGAGCAGCCAGGCAGCCUGUCCUGCUCCGAGCCUGUCCUCACCAACCGCUCUGGAGACGGCCGCGGCAAGUUCAAGAUCCAGAGCUUCAGGCAGAAAUAUAACCUGGGAGCCCCAGUGGCGGGAACCUGCUACCAGGCAGAGUGGGACGACUACGUCCCCAAACUGUACGAGCAGCUGGCCGGAAAGUAAAUUAAGACUUGACUCUAGAGAGCUCUGCACUAGGAAUUCCCAUGGAGGCUGAUGGUCUGUAGGAAAUUCCCAUUCUUGCAAAAAACCCCAACAGAAUCAAAGCAUUUGUUUUGUGUGUGUGUGCCACUAAAAACUAUUUUCUUUUCCCACUGCUGCCUACUCAUGCUGUGACAAAAAUAACAUCUCCUCUCAGUGAUGUCAUCUACACUCAUCUGCAAUAAAUGGUGUUAAACACUGAAA